UGACGGCGGUUCCCCUCACUUCCAGGAAUCCACGCUUCCUGGAAGGUGAGUGGCUGGGCUCACCCCUGCCUGCCACCGAGACGCAGACAUGCACACACCACCCGCACCCCCUCGCCGUUUCCAAGGCGGCGGCCGCGCUCGCACCCCGGGGUCUCACCGGCCAGGGAAGGAUAAUCUGGACAGGGAUCCCUCAGGAGGGUGUCUUCCGGAUUUCUUGCCUCAGGCCCAAGACUCCAACCAUUUUAUAAUGGAAUCUUUAUUUUGUGAAAGUAGCGGGGACUCAUCUCUGGAGAAGGAGUUCCUUGGGGCCCCAGUGGGGCCCUCGGUGAGCACCCCCAACAGCCAGCACUCUUCUCCCAGCCGCUCACUCAGUGCCAACUCCAUCAAGGUGGAGAUGUACAGCGAUGAGGAGUCGAGUAGACUGCUGGGGCCAGAUGAGCGGCUCCUGGAAAAGGACGAUAGUGUGAUCGUGGAAGACUCGUUGUCGGAGCCCCUGGGCUACUGUGAUGGAAGUGGGCCAGAGCCUCACUCCCCUGGUGGCAUCCGGCUGCCCAAUGGCAAGCUCAAAUGUGAUGUCUGUGGCAUGGUCUGCAUUGGACCCAACGUGCUCAUGGUGCAUAAACGCAGCCACACAGGCGAAAGGCCCUUCCACUGCAACCAGUGCGGAGCCUCCUUCACCCAGAAGGGGAACCUGCUACGCCACAUCAAGCUGCACUCCGGGGAGAAGCCCUUCAAAUGCCCCUUCUGCAACUACGCCUGCCGCCGGCGGGACGCGCUCACGGGCCACCUCCGAACACACUCGGUCUCCUCUCCCACGGUGGGUAAGCCCUACAAGUGUAACUACUGUGGCCGGAGCUACAAGCAGCAGAGUACCCUGGAGGAGCACAAGGAGCGGUGCCACAACUACCUGCAGAGUCUCAGCACUGAAGCCCAAGCUCUGGCCGGCCAACCAGGUGAUGAGAUACGUGACCUGGAGAUGGUGCCAGACUCUAUGCUGCACUCAUCCUCUGAGAGGCCCACAUUCAUUGAUCGUCUGGCCAACAGCCUCACCAAACGCAAGCGUUCCACCCCCCAGAAGUUUGUAGGUGAGAAGCAGAUGCGCUUCAGCCUCUCGGACCUCCCCUACGAUGUGAAUUCGGGUGGCUAUGAGAAGGAUGUGGAGCUCGUGGCACAUCACGGCCUGGAGCCUGGUUUUGGAGGUUCUCUGGCCUUUGUGGGGGCAGAGCACCUGCGUCCCCUCCGCCUUCCACCUACCAAUUGCAUCUCAGAACUCACGCCCGUCAUCAGCUCUGUCUACACCCAGAUGCAACCCCUCCCCGGUCGACUGGAGCUUCCAGGAUCCCGAGAAGCAGGUGAGGGACCCGAGGACCUGGCUGAUGGUGGUCCCCUCCUCUACCGGGCCCGAGGCCCCCUUACUGACCCUGGAGCAUCCCCCAGCAAUGGGUGCCAAGACUCCACAGAUACAGAGAGCAACCACGAAGAUCGGGUUGCGGGGGUGGUAUCCCUCCCUCAGGGUCCCCCACCCCAGCCACCUCCCACCAUUGUGGUGGGCCGGCCCAGUCCUGCCUACGCCAAAGAGGACCCCAAGCCACAGGAGGGGUUACUGCGGGGCACCCCAGGCCCCUCGAAGGAAGUGCUCCGGGUGGUGGGCGAGAGCGGUGAGCCCGUGAAGGCCUUCAAGUGUGAGCACUGCCGCAUCCUCUUCCUGGACCAUGUCAUGUUCACCAUCCACAUGGGCUGCCAUGGCUUCAGAGACCCUUUCGAGUGCAACAUCUGUGGUUACCACAGCCAGGACCGGUAUGAAUUCUCUUCCCACAUUGUCCGGGGGGAGCACAAGGUGGGCUAGCAGCCCACUGCCCUCCCGUCAGUUCGCCACUCCCUUGCCCCACCUACAGGAGUCUAGCCCUGUCCCCACCACAUCCCAAGAAGUUGUGCUGUGUAGCCCCACCACUGGCUACCUAACUUCACACUUGACCCUGAAUCUUUCUCACCUAUUCUUCCCCCUGACUGAUUCAAGCAUCGUGAUGAAACAGGUUUUUGCUUAUGUUUCUCCUUUUUCUCUUAACCUCUCAUCCCAGCAUACUCAAGAGUUAUUUAUUAAUAUAAUUAGCUGAUUUUUCUUUUGCAUUUUUUAACUUCUGUCAGUCACUUGCCACUCCUCCAUCCUCUUGCUCACAGUCCCCUUCCCCUUUAGGCCUAAUUUUUCUCUCUUUGUUCUGGCUUUCUCCAACAGCCCCUGGGAUGGGAAGCUCCUCUUAGUACUAAGAGACCUUGAACUUCUUGCGUUAAGUCCUCACUUUUGCAUUGUGUGAUGCUUCCGUUUUGAUGUUGAUAGCUCCCUCUGGCCCUACCUUAGCUCUGUGGCAUUAUAUCUCCUCGCUGGGACCCUUCAGCCCGCGACUCCAUACCUCUUGUGCCCUCUCACAUUAGGCAGCUUGCACUUUUCUUAAACAAAGGAAGAAUUCCCUCAUUUGGAAGUAGGAGGGGCUGAAGACAUCCUCCCCAGUCACUGUGGGACUGAGGGUCUUGACCGCCCCAGUAACAUGAGUUCCCCAAAGCCCACAUUCAGGAUCUCCCUCUAGGAUGUGAUAUAUCUCUUCCCUCUUCUCGAACAACCCCCAACACUGCUCUACUUGCUUCAACCUGCCAGUCUACUCGGUGGUAGCUUUUAUCUCCUUGGAGUGCCCCAAUUUUCUAUUCUCAGGGGCCAAAAGGCUAGGUCUGCAUCCUCUGUCUCUGACACGUUGGGAGCCACAGGUGCCUAAUUGGGAACCAGGGCAUGGGAAGGGUGUCGUUCAAAAUUCUCCUUACUCUCCCACCUCUCAAACUUCUUCACCCUAGUGACCUCCCUAGGCUCUCAGGGACUCCUGCAGUCCCCGUCCUAUGAGAAACCAGUGGGUUGCUGCCUGAAGACAAGGGGGUAUCUCAGCCCCUCAGUCACACUGCCUUCUUCUCUCCCCACCCAGCAGGAUUCACCCUCGGGAGGAAAGAGUGCCUCUUUUCUCUCUUCUGAUUUUCAGUGUAACCAAAAAUUAUCCCAGGACGAGCAAGGGCAUGUGCCCCUUACCCUGUCCCACUCUUGUCCCAGCAGGAAUGGGAUGGGCACAACUAAAAGGGGGCCACCUGCGACUGCCCCCCUUCUACACUCAGCUCCCAGAUGUAGGGCAGGAGGGGCACACUCCUCCUGGCUACUGCAGGGACCCUGGCUAUUUGGGUAACUGGUUAGCGAGAAGGGGCAGGAGGAGACACAGCUCCACUGCAAGUGGAGGUCUCUCUACCAGAGUUCCCUGCCCAAGGCCACAGCCAUCCCAUUCUCUGCUUCCUCGAGAUUCAAACCAAAGGCUGUUUUUCUAUAUUUAAAGAAGAAAAAAAAAAAGUAGAAAACCAAACACAACACCUCACAAGUUGUAACACUUGCUCCUUCUCUCUCCUUUUUCUUCCUUUCCAUCUUUCUUUCCACAUGUCCUUUCCUUAUUGGCUCUUUUGCCUCCUACUUCUCUCACUCCCUAUCAGGGAUGAAUUGGGGGUUGCUAAAGGAUUGGCUGAGGAACAGACCCUGGGAUUGGGGCUCUGAGAAGAGUCUACCUUACCCCCUUGGGGGAAGGAAGACACUAAAAACAUUUCUCCUCUUCUUCCUUCUUUUCCUCCCCCAUUAUGUGGUCUCUCCCAGAGAACCAGAUUGUCAGGGAGGGGCAUUGUGGGUUGAUCUUUCCUCCUUGACAAGGUAGCAAUAAACAGAUGCUGCCAAGGGCAGAGGAUGGGGGAGUUAUCUGGGAGGAGAGUGGUCUCUAGAGAAGGGGAGAGUUUUCUCAUCAGCAACAUGGGAACUGGCUCCUUUCUUCAGGAUGGCAGCAGAGAUGAGAUUAAUAUCCGGGUUCUCCUCAAUUGUUCCGAUUGUUGAACCCCUUCCCGUUAGACCUACCACCUCUUCUGUGUCUGCUGUAUCUUUGGUAACACCUCAUAAGGACUAGUCCCUUCUGGGGUAUCAGAGCCUUAGGGUGCCACCAUCUCCUCCCCCCGUCAGAUUUGGCACCUAUAACCUCCUGGAACAUGAAGGCCUGUGCUCUGAGGCUGUGCUCUGAGCCCAUGAGAGCAGAGACUGGAAGGCAAGACCAGGUGCUAAGGAGGGAGAGAAGGGCACUCUGUCUCUCUCCAGACCAUCACUGCACUUUAACCAGGGUCUUAGGUACAAAAU